CGGAGGGCGCGGGCGCGCUGCGAGUCGGCGUCGGCGUCCGCGCGCGCUGCGGGCCGAGGCUGUGUGGGCUGAAGCAGCGAGCGAAGCGGCGGCGCCCCAGAGCCGAGGGUUCGCGCGGGCCUCGCGCAGCGGGAACGGACGGCUUCGGAGCGGACGCGGGGGCCCCGGCGGGACAGCUCGGCCUCGCCGCUGUGUGCCUCGCGGGCGCCGGUCGCUUCCCGGGCCCGGAGUGGCCGCCGCCCCGGGAGACGCGCCGUGACACGGGCCUAAGGCGAGGCGCCGCGGGCGUCCGCACCGCUCGGACCCCGGCGGCCCGGUGUGCGGCGGGGCGGGGCGGGGACCAGCGCCGGGGCAGGUGCAGCCCCUGGGGCCUUCGAGCGAGGUGCCCACGGCACCGCUCGGCCCGUCCCGGCCCCGCGGGCCACGCGCCCCCCUCCUCGGCCGGAGCCCGGUCGCUGCCCCGCCUUCUCCGGGGAGCGCCAGGCGGGAGCGGCCCGGACCCCGGGCUCGCGCGGGAGAGGACGCGCCAGAAACUUUGCCUUUUAUUGUUCCUAGCUCUUUAAGUGCCAGGGACUCUGCCGGGCAGGAAAAAUGUCCUUCUUCAAUUUCCGUAAGAUCUUCAAGUUGGGGAGCGAGAAGAAGAAGAAGCAGUACGAACACGUGAAGAGAGACCUGAACCCCGAAGAGUUUUGGGAGAUUAUAGGGGAACUGGGCGACGGAGCCUUUGGGAAAGUGUAUAAGGCCCAGAAUAAAGAGACCAAUGUUUUAGCUGCUGCAAAGGUGAUUGACACCAAAUCUGAAGAAGAACUUGAAGAUUAUAUGGUUGAGAUCGACAUAUUAGCAUCUUGUGAUCACCCAAACAUAGUCAAGCUUCUAGAUGCCUUCUAUUAUGAGAACAAUCUUUGGAUCCUCAUUGAAUUUUGUGCAGGGGGAGCAGUAGAUGCUGUGAUGCUUGAACUUGAGAGACCGUUAACUGAGUCCCAAAUCCAAGUGGUUUGCAAGCAGACUUUAGAAGCGUUGAGCUACUUACAUGACAAUAAAAUCAUCCACAGAGAUCUAAAAGCUGGCAAUAUUCUUUUUACCUUAGAUGGAGACAUUAAGUUGGCGGAUUUUGGAGUAUCGGCUAAAAACACCAGGACAAUUCAAAGGAGGGAUUCCUUUAUUGGCACUCCAUAUUGGAUGGCUCCUGAAGUAGUCAUGUGUGAGACAUCAAAGGACAGACCUUAUGACUAUAAAGCUGAUGUUUGGUCCCUGGGUAUUACUUUAAUAGAAAUGGCUGAGAUAGAGCCACCUCACCAUGAGUUAAAUCCAAUGCGAGUAUUGCUAAAAAUAGCAAAAUCUGAGCCCCCAACAUUAGCACAGCCGUCAAAAUGGUCUUCAAAUUUUAAGGACUUUUUAAAGAAGUGCUUGGAAAAGAAUGUAGAUGCCCGGUGGACCACAGCUCAGCUGUUACAGCAUCCCUUUGUUACUGUUGAUUCCAACAAACCAGUUCGAGAAUUGAUUGCUGAGGCAAAGGCUGAAGUAACAGAAGAAGUUGAAGAUGGCAAAGAGGAAGAUGAUGAUGAGGAAACAGAAAAUGCUCUGCCAAUACCUGCAAAUAAACGUGCCUCCUCUGACCUCAGUAUUGCCAGCUCUGAAGAAGAUAAACUUUCACAGAAUGCUUGUAUUUUGGAAUCUGUAUCAGAAAGAAUAGAACACAGUACUCCUGGUGAUAAAUUUAGCAGCAGAGUUGUUAAUGAAAGAUCUGCCACUGAGGAACCUGAGAAGGCUGUGGAGGGUGUUAAUGAGCAUGCAGGUGAUUCUACCAUAGAGACGAUGGCUGAAUUCAAUGAUCAGACAGUAGGAAUCCAUGAGAAUGGGAGAGAGAAGAGACCCAAGCUGGAAAAUCUACCUGACACAGAAGACCAACAAACUGUGGGUGUUAAUUCAAUUUGUGGAGGAAAUGAGGGUGAUAGAGUAACUUCAGAAGUUAAUACUAACCAUCUGAAACCAGAGGACGACAGGAGUAAAGAAAACCAGGAGAUACCUGAGAAUAAACUUACACAGCCUGAAGUAAUUAAAGAUAUGCAUAGUCAAACAAUGGACUUGGUGUCUCAAGAGACUGGAGAAACAGAGGCUGAUUUUCAGGCCGUUGACAAUGCAGUUGGGUUGACAGAAGACACCCAAAAGAAACGGGGAGAAGAUGAUAAAGCUCAAAGAGUUGUAGUCAGCAAGUCAGGGACAAACGAGGCACUAGAUGCUGCAGAGACGGCUGCUGAAGGUGGCAACCAGGAUGUACAGAGUGCUGAUGGGAAGGGCGUAGUGGAAGGAGCCCCCAAGUCAGCAGGGAAGCCCACCGAGGACCCUGAGGCUGAUGGUGCUAAGGAAGAGCCUUCUGUUCAAGAAAGAGUUGAGGAGAAGGAGCUAGGUCAACAGUCUGAAGUGUCAGACACCACACAGGCAGCCAUUGAGGAACCAGGGACAAUUGAGGUUGAGCAAGUUAGUGAGUCACGUAGCACUGAGGAGACAGAGAGGAGUGCCUUGACUGGUGGUGCUGAGGAAGCGGCUCUCGGAAGUGAAGCUGAGGCCGCUGCUACUGAGGUAGAGUUGGAGAGAAAAGAAACUGCACAGGAAGUGCUGGUUAAAACAGAUCCCCAAGCCCCUGCAACCUCGCAGCCCAAUGAGCCUCAUCCUGUCCUAAUACCUAGUAUCAAUAUUAACUCUGAAAACACAGAAAAUAAAGGAGAAAUAAAUGCUUUCCCAAAAACUGAAACCAUACUGUCACACGAGCCUGACAAUGAAAAGGAAAAUGAUACUGACUCAGGGACUGGGUCCACUGUGGAGAACAGUAGCAGUGACUUGAAUUUGUCCAUCUCCAGCUUCCUAAGCAAAACGAAAGACAGUGGGUCAAUGUCUCUACAAGAAACAAGAAGACAGAAGAAAACAUUGAAGAAAACACGCAAAUUUAUUGUUGAUGGUGUAGAAGUGAGUGUAACAACGUCAAAGAUAGUUACAGAUAGUGACUCCAAAACUGAGGAAUUGCGGUUUCUCAGGCGUCAGGAACUUCGAGAGCUGAGAUUUCUUCAGAAAGAAGAGCAGAGGGCCCAGCAACAGCUCAAUGGGAAACUGCAGCAGCAGCGAGAGCAGAUUUUCAGGCGCUUUGAGCAAGAAAUGAUGAGUAAGAAGCGACAAUAUGACCAAGAAAUUGAGAAUCUAGAGAAGCAGCAGAAACAGACAAUUGAACGAUUAGAACAAGAGCAUACAAACCGCUUGAGAGAUGAAGCCAAACGAAUCAAAGGAGAGCAAGAGAAGGAGCUGUCCAAAUUCCAAAAUAUGCUAAGAAACCGCAAGAAGGAGGUUAUGAAUGAAGUGGAGAAAGCACCCAAAGAACUGAGAAAAGAGUUUAUGAAACGCAGGAAAGAGGAGCUUGCACAAAGCCAGCAUGCUCAGGAACAAGAAUUUGUUCAGAAGCAGCAACAAGAAUUAGAUGGCUCUCUGAAAAAGAUCAUCCAACAACAGAAGGCAGAGUUGGCCAAUAUCGAGAGAGAGUGCUUGAAUAACAAGCAACAGCUCAUGAGAGCUCGAGAAGCUGCGAUUUGGGAGCUUGAGGAGCGACACUUACAGGAAAAGCACCAGCUGCUUAAACAGCAGCUUAAGGAUCAGUAUUUCAUGCAGAGACACCAGCUGCUUAAACGCCAUGAGAAGGAAACAGAACAAAUGCAACGUUAUAAUCAACGGCUUAUUGAGGAAUUGAAAAACAGACAGACUCAGGAACGAGCGAGACUGCCCAAGAUUCAACGAAGUGAAGCCAAGACACGAAUGGCCAUGUUUAAGAAAAGUCUAAGAAUUAACUCAACAGCCACACCAGAUCAGGAUCGUGAAAAAAUUAAACAGUUUGCUGCACAAGAAGAAAAGAGGCAGAAAAAUGAGAGAAUGGCUCAGCAUCAAAAACAUGAGAGCCAAAUGCGGGAUCUCCAGUUGCAGUGUGAAGCCAAUGUCCGAGAACUACAUCAGCUGCAGAAUGAAAAAUGCCACCUGUUGGUUGAACAUGAGACUCAGAAACUGAAGGAGUUAGAUGAGGAGCACAGCCAAGAGUUAAAGGAGUGGAGAGAGAGACUGAGACCGAGGAAGAAGACACUGGAAGAAGAGUUUGCCAGGAAACUGCAGGAGCAGGAAGUGUUUUUUAAAAUGACUGGGGAGUCCGAAUGUCUUAAUCCAUCAGCACAGAGCCGUAUCUCCAAAUUCUACCCUAUUCCCACCUUGCAUUCCACUGGGUCAUAGCGACAGCAAGCAUUCUUUGUCUGGAUUUGGCUUCUAAGUGCAUCCUUAUGUUCUCUUCAUCUUCCACAGCACAUGUGACUCACAAAGACAAUCACCUGUCCAUCUUCUUGGUGGUUUUGAAAAUUGGUUUCUUGGAUUUUUUUUUUUGUUAAGCAAACAAAGAUGAAGGGCAAAUGAACUAAGACAGAUGCUGGGCCAUGUUGGCAAGUAGCAUCUUGCAGUAAUUCCCUAAGGUGAUUUUGUAUAUUGGCCUUAAAUAUUGUAUUCUUUAGACAUAGUACUGAAAAACUGCCAGAGAAAUGUUUAAAGUUAUUUGGGGAAAAAAAACCAAACCUGUUACAUCACUAAGUAUUAAUAAAUAUUGUUUUACUUGAUUUCUCAAUGAUACUAAAUUCUAUAGUUAAGAUUAUGCUGUAGAAUUGGAGUGAUUCUCUUUUGGUAAACCAACUAUUAUUAAAAAGCCAUGAGCUACAGAAAUAUGUUUAUUGAUUCAAUACAUAGAUAUAUUUUUUAUCAUUAAGCAGGAUCAAAGUCUUUUAAAAGAGAAAGGCUAUUUCAGUAAUUUGUCACAAACAUUAGCCUGUGUGGGCAGGAACAAUAAUGAGGUGCUAAUUUUAAGAUAGUGCCUAAAACACUAAAUUUUAAUCAUAUAUAAAAUGGGGUUUUCGUUUUGAUCAGCAGGAACAAAAUACCCUUCUCACUGGUGAACAUUACUGUUUUAAAAACGUGUUUAUAUUGCCAUUUAAUAUUCAUCCUAAAACAAAGGUUGUACAAAGUAUGGAAAGAUGAAUGAACUAGCUUUAAAAUGUGCAGAUUGAACUUAACAGAGCUCACCACACUGUCAUAUCACAGACCGAGCUUGCCCACGUCAGAAGCCUCCGUCUCAAAAGUUCUAUUUCUCAGUGACGCUUAGGGGCCUCUGUGCCCCUAGCUGCAGUCACAACUACAGUUCUGAAGCUAGUCUUAGAAGAAGCGUUGUCCACAAAGGAUUUCCAUUCAGUAUCAGACACACAUGCAAAGUGACAUUGUAAGGUUUCAAAUGAGGUUACUCAAGUGCAUUUGGGUUUUAUUUUGUUCCAUGUUUAUAUUAAUUUCUUUGAGUCAGAAAAGCCUGAAACCUUUAUCAUGUGGUUGCUGGUACAUGUGCUCAUUAAUGAAGUGUUCACUCUUGGUUCCUUCUGAAGCUCAGAAUCAGUAUUAUAAACAGCACUUUUGUGAAUGAUGCUUGCUGCCUGCCAUUGGCAACCUGUUCUCUUCUAAGAGUGCUAGGUACCAAACUGUAAACGUUUCAGUUUUUAGUUAUAUUUUGAGGUUGGUGGAAAAAUAGAACUGUCAAUGUAAUGUGGAAACACCAGUUCAUUUAAGGAAAUGUCGAUGUCUGUAGUACUUUGUUGCCGUUUAUUUGAAAACUUUGGAUGCUGGACUUUAUCUGGUUUAAAAAUGCAUGUGUAAUUUUAACUUUAUAAUUAUUUUGACAAGCUUAAUUUUCUUGGACAACCUUGUAGGUAGCCUUAACUUUCAGCCAAUUUUGUUUUUAUAUAAAUAUAUAUACGUAUAUAUUAUAAUGUAUGGUUGUAAAUUCAUACAUACACUUAGCACAUGAAUGUGUUACUGUAUACAGAAUUCUUAAUGCUUUAUUUUCAGAUGCUGGGUUGAAAACUGUUUGAAAGCCUUUAAAUAUAUCUUUAUAAAGUAUGAUGGAGAUUGUUUAUAUUGUUAUGAUAAAAGACAGAAUUAUGUU